CUAGUUACAUCGACAAGUCAACAGCUGCCGACGAUCUCUGGAGUAUAAAACAUUUUUGCUUACAGAAUGGCAUUUACAUUUACCUUUCAAGGUAUCGAGGACCCUGACGACCACCUAAACAACACGCGCCAUAUCUCAACGCUUGUUUCCAAGGGAGCUGCCGAACUACAAAUAACGUUUACAACACAUCAUACAACAGGUAUUCGUGAAGUGGUUGCAAUAAAAUGUGUUCUGAAGAGUUCUCUAAAUAAGGCCUCAACAGAAAACCUGCUGACUGAAAUAGAACUGUUAAAAAAUUUGAAACACGAGCACAUUGUGGAGCUGAAAGAUUUCAUAUGGGACAGCAAGUACAUAUAUCUUGUCAUGGAAUACUGCAGUGGUGGAGAUCUUUCUCACUUUAUCAAAAGCAAACGAGCUCUUCCUGAGAGAAUUGUCCGCAAGUUUUUACAGCAGAUAGCUCUUGCAAUGCAGUUUCUGCAUGAUAACAAUGUUGUUCACAUGGAUCUGAAGCCACAGAAUAUACUGCUGACAGCAUCUUCAAACCCCAGUCUCAAAAUUGGAGAUUUUGGCUUUGCCAAGCCUAUGCUGGAAGGUGAUCAAAUGGAUGUGAUGCGAGGAUCCCCCUUGUAUAUGGCACCAGAAAUAAUCUGCAGGAAGUCUUAUGAUGCCAGGGUUGAUCUUUGGUCCAUUGGUGUUAUCUUAUAUGAGUGUUUGUUUGGAAGGGCACCUUUUGCAUCCCGAAGUUUUAAAGAACUUGGCGAAAAGAUAUGGGACUCAAAGCCGGUUGAGCUCCCGCCAGGGGUAGAGGUCUCAGAUGAUUGCAGAGAUCUUUUGCUGAAGCUUUUACAACGCAAUCCUGAAGACCGAAUCUCAUUUGAAGAGUUUUUUAAUCAUCCUUUUGUUGAUCUUCUACAUGCUCCUUCUCCAUACUGCCUUCGUAAUGCUAAAGAUAUUGUGUCACAAGCAGUUAAGAAAGACACAGAAGGAGACUACAAGAAUGCAGUCACAUUGUACUGUAAUGCCCUUGCCUUCUUUGUGCCUGCCAUUCACUAUGAAAAAGAUCCUGUGAAGAAAGAGGCAUUGAGAGCCAAGGUACGUGAAUAUAUGAUGAGAGCAGAGACGCUGAAGCAGCUUUUAAAACCUCACAAAAGCAGCGAGAGUGUGAAUACACUAGAGCGGACCAUCUCCAGCGAUGGUGAUGAGAAGUUAGCAAGUAUGUGUGGUGACAAUAGUCCUGAACUUCAAGCAGCAAUGAAACUCAUAGAAGCUGCAACAAAGGAGGUGGAACGAGAAGAAUUUGACAAGGCCCUUAAUCAUUAUGAGAUAGCCCUUGGAGCUAUCAUCAAGUUAUUACCAAGUGAACCAAAGGGACCAAGGAGAGAUUUGAUUGUUCAGCAGGUGAAAUUAUGGAUGAGCAAAGCAGAAGAGAUCAAGGCCUAUUUGGCCAUUAGAGAGUUGAAGACAGAAGAUACCUCCAAACAGGAAGAGGAAGAGGACGAAAGUCAGACAGGCAUAAUGAAUUUGUGCCGUCUUCAGUAGCAUUGUAGAAGGUCAUUGCCUGGAACUUUUGCACAAAUAGGCUGUGAUAAGAGGAAUGCUAGUAUUUUCAAUAAUUACUUCUAUAUGGAAGUAUUUGGGGUGGAAGAAAGGAUUUAAAUGUGUCGUCAAACAUCUCAGAAGGUGGAAGGUGCUUAUGACCAUGGGGGGUUUGUAUAUAGCAAGUGAUAACACUUCAGAGAAGCUGUACCUGGGGUGUGCAGUCAAACAAGCAGGCUAGCUCUCCAUACAUGCUACACACUGCUCAUCAUAGCCCAGAACAUUGCAACUUGCCUAGAGACCUGUCAUGGUGUACUAGUCAUUUACAUCCGAGAUCCUGUUGUGAACGGCAAAGAAGAGUGACAUUCCAAUGGUACUGUAAAUAUAUUUUCAUCAUUUAUAAACUCUCACUGAUUUAGGGUGGGGCUGGGGGCAAAAAGACAAAGUACAUAAUUGUAUUUGUCAUUUCUUUUAUUAAGAAUGUUAUCUUGCUAAAAUGCUGCCAAGAAACCUUGGCCAUUUCACAUAUAUUGUGGAAGGACUAACUUAAAGACAGUGUAAUAUAGAUCGAUGUGGGGAUAAUAAUGCUUCCGUUUUUAGUUCAUAAAUUGUCUUUCGAAGUUACCGGUCCUCAGUGUGUCUGUGAUUUUGUAUAUGUCAGAGGGGGGGGGAAAUGUGGGUGGCAUACAUGCACAUAUGUUGAGAGCAUUUGUGAUUGACUGUCUUAAUUUAUAAAUGAUUUUAUACUGGUAAUAAAAUACACCUUAAAAUCUCUAAUAAUUGACUUUCAAAUCUGUUUUCAUAACUAAAUCAAGUUGGAACUGCUUUUAGUUUUGCUUGUGGUAGUUACUGUUAUUUGCAGUUUUGUAUUUGUAAGUGUUUGUGUGUGUGUGACUUUGUGCUUGUGUUUCUGUGUAGAAAUCCAUGCAGAGAAGCUGACUAUUGGCUUUAGUAAGGGCAGAUAGCUGUGCAGGUAAAUUCUCAUGCCAGAAUGCACACAUUUUGU